UUUUUCGAGCCCUGUAUUACUUCCCAGACACCUCAAAAUGCAGAGAAGUGGCCACCAUUUUGUUAACAACCACACACUACUAUAGGCCACUCACUAUUUACAACAGAAUAGAAAGUGAGUACCAUAGCCAAUAACAGAAUGGCAUUGGUAAUAGAAUGCUAGUAGAUUUAUAUUAAUUGUUAAUAUCAGGUUGUGCUGUUUUCAUCAGGGUAGUUCACCUCCUUUGAUUUCUGAUGUUGCCUUAGCAGUAGCAAGCAAAUUAACAACAGCAGUGCUCUCUAAGCUCACAGCAGCAAGUGGGUGGCUAGGAUGGGGUACCAAGCAAGCCAGUCAAUCAACAGAAUCAACAAAAGCUACAAAGCCCAAGGUGGAAAAUGGAACUUUUUUACCUGCCAGAUUUGGUUUGCCCGACUCUCAUCGGCACGGCACAAGCAUCACAAUGGCGCCAAAUGGCCGCUUGGCUGUGACUACCGAUGAUUAUGGUCGAGUUAUGCUACUGGAUGCAAAGAAAGCUAUAGUGGUUAGAUUAUGGAAAGGCUACCGUGAAGCAGAGUGUGGCUGGGUAAUGGUUGAAGAGGAAGACCACCACGAGGAAGAACUGCCAAAGUCUUCCCUGAGGACGGCUCUGUUCCUUGUCAUAUAUGCUACCAAAAGAGGAAUUUUAGAGAUCUGGAGAACAGAACAAGGACCACGUGUGGCUGCCUUUAAUGUUGGAAAAGACUGCAGGCUCUUGUAUGCCGGGCAUGGAAUUAUGGGACUAGGUCAUGUGAUCAGACAGGGGCAGGCCCCCCCACAGCACACACUGAACUGUACUCUGAUCCAGAGUGACGGAACAUUGAAGACAUUCUCAAAUGGAUCGCUGUUGCUGUCUCAAUUUCUUCACGAUGAUCCAGUUCUUAGACUUAAAUGCAGAACAUGGCAGCCAUACAAGAACUAUGGGACUGCAGAGCAGGUUGAAGAACUAGCCAUCUUGUAUCCCAGUGCAAUGGUUAUUAUUGAUGGUUUUAGUUUGUACCAGUCACUGAGAGCUUGCAGAAACCAGCUAGCAAGAGCUCAAGCCAGUGGUUUCUCUGAACUCAUUGGUCCUCCUCCACUGGCAUAUAAGAAAUGGAAAUUUGAUGGUCAAAAGCAAAUUACAGAUAUUGCUAGCUGUGGAGUUGUGCCACCAAACAUGUUUGACCAGCUUCAUACAGCCUCGUUCAUAGGAGGUUUCAAUGCAAACAUCAGGAGCCACUUGCCUGCUAUGUCUCACUACAUUAGCACCGGGAUGGAGCCAUUUGUAGCAGUGUACACUGCAAUGGAGGGUAGUUCACCUCCUUUGAUUUCUGAUGUUGCCUUAGCAGUAGCAAGCAAAUUAACAACAGCAGUGCUCUCUAAGCUCACAGCAGCAAGUGGGUGGCUAGGAUGGGGUACCAAGCAAGCCAGUCAAUCAACAGAAUCAACAAAAGCUACAAAGCCCAAGGUGGAAAAUGGAACUUUUUUACCUGCCAGAUUUGGUUUGCCCGACUCUCAUCGGCACGGCACAAGCAUCACAAUGGCGCCAAAUGGCCGCUUGGCUGUGACUACCGAUGAUUAUGGUCGAGUUAUGCUACUGGAUGCAAAGAAAGCUAUAGUGGUUAGAUUAUGGAAAGGUAGAUUCAAUUUUAUUCUCAGUCUUGACAAGCAUAGCAAAAGAGUUAGGGAUCUACACCUGUUAAAAAAGCUGUCAGUUCUUUUGGACUCAACAAGGUCUGGCCAAGGAAGUGAAGAAAAUGAUAGCAAUAAACUGGAAAAAGCCUUGGUAGACAUUCUGAGUGAUAUACAAACUCCACAACUUCAUCAACAGGGUCUACAGUGUGUCUUGUCCACUGUGGGAAUUCCAGUCUCUGUUUUACUCCAAGCUGUGAGGACCGUCAGUGAAACAGCACAAAAGCAAAAUCACACAUCAGAUGACCACGAUGAAGUAAGAGAAGACACCAAACUACUGCUGAAUUUUUGCGAUGUACAGCGGCAACUUAUACAAACACACAACUCAAUCUUGAAACUGUAUAAGGAGGAGCAGGGAUCUGGGGAAGAGCCCUGGAAAGGAAAGAGCAAGGAACUGUCUUUAGCCAGCCUUCUUGGUCUUACAAAAUCUGAAGCUGCCGAGCUGCUGUCUGCUCUACAAGGGAGCCAGUCCAAUCAACAGACACCAGUGUCCAAGAAACCCACUCGAUCAGUUCCUCAGAUGAGUGUCACAUCCUUCCUCGGAUGUUUUGAGUACACUUCAAAUAGCCACCAGGGAAAAGAAUCAAAGGAUUUAACGCAAGAAAACACAGCUGGGCCGUCACCAGUGACUCUGCCAAAGGCUGUUGCUAUGAGGAAAGGAACGCGGUUUAUUGUGAGAUUAAUUUGUUGUCUUGUUGUUGUUCGCAGUGACAAGCAUAGCAAAAGAGUUAGGGAUCUACACCUGUUAAAAAAGCUGUCAGUUCUUUUGGACUCAACAAGGUCUGGCCAAGGAAGUGAAGAAAAUGAUAGCAAUAAACUGGAAAAAGCCUUGGUAGACAUUCUGAGUGAUAUACAAACUCCACAACUUCAUCAACAGGGUCUACAGUGUGUCUUGUCCACUGUGGGAAUUCCAGUCUCUGUUUUACUCCAAGCUGUGAGGACCGUCAGUGAAACAGCACAAAAGCAAAAUCACACAUCAGAUGACCACGAUGAAGUAAGAGAAGACACCAAACUACUGCUGAAUUUUUGCGAUGUACAGCGGCAACUUAUACAAACACACAACUCAAUCUUGAAACUGUAUAAGGAGGAGCAGGGAUCUGGGGAAGAGCCCUGGAAAGGAAAGAGCAAGGAACUGUCUUUAGCCAGCCUUCUUGGUCUUACAAAAUCUGAAGCUGCCGAGCUGCUGUCUGCUCUACAAGGGAGCCAGUCCAAUCAACAGACACCAGUGUCCAAGAAACCCACUCGAUCAGUUCCUCAGAUGAGUGUCACAUCCUUCCUCGGAUGUUUUGAGUACACUUCAAAUAGCCACCAGGGAAAAGAAUCAAAGGAUUUAACGCAAGAAAACACAGCUGGGCCGUCACCAGUGACUCUGCCAAAGGCUGUUGCUAUGAGGAAAGGCUUGUCCAACGAAAUGACAAUUCAACUUUCAAGCUUUCUUUUCAAGAAUUGCCUCUUAGGGGAAUGUUCUUCUGGAAGCUUAGCUCUUCCUUUUGAUUCAUCUGGAAUUAGACCUCAACAUUUAAUGACCCUUCUUGUCUCUGGUUGGCUAUUAGAUCCGGACCUGUGUUACGAUAAAGUAGAUUCCAUGUUUCAUCUUCACUCUCUCAUAUCAAGAAUAAGUUCACUUCCAGGAGGAUUACCAAGCGAGAGUUCCUCUGCCGAGUCAACUGACAAUGUUAUUUCACCGUGGUGGGAGAAUGUACGUCACACUCUGGCCCAGUCCACAGCAACAAGCCGGGCGCUAUCGCUUGCUUCAGUUUGUAGAGCUGUUGCCAUGGAAAUCAGCACAGCGUCCAAGAAAGUACAGGUAUGGUGGGGUACACUGAUACUAAGGCGCUUUUCAGGAUUCUUUUAAUAUUCGGUGGAUUGGAUAUCCUCGAAGAA